AUGGCCAUCGGAGGCCAAGCGCGAGGGCAGGUUGUCGGGGCUCUCGCAUGCCAGCGCAACGCCUACUUGCGCACGUUGGAAACUGCGGUUGUGUCCUGCGAGAAGGCGCCAGAGAGGAAGCAGAAGCAGCCUCCGUCUGCAGGCGGCGGGAAGGCCGGCAAAGGAGAGCACAGAGUGCCGUCGGCCGGCGAUGGCGAGGCCGAACGCUGGCUCGUCGAGUUUGAGGACUCGGUGCUGUUCCCCGAAGGUGGAGGUCAGCCAUCCGACCACGGCACGAUCACUCUCCAGUCGGAUGCAGACGCGACACCUAUCCCGGUCACCUUCGUGGAGAGAAUCGGCCUUCGAUGCGUGUGCCACUCGCCGCGACCCUUGGAGCCUGGCGAUCGCGUGCUCCAGGAAGUCGAUUUCCAGCGCCGCUGGGACCAUAUGCAGCAGCAUACCGGCCAGCACCUCCUUUCAGCCGUCCUCGGUUCGUCCAGCAAUCUCGGCACGGUUGGCUGGGGCAUGGGAUCGAAUGGAGCGCUCAAUUAUGUUGACCUGGACCGCAAGCCGUCCCAGGACCAGCUGGAAAUCGUCCUGGCAAGAUGCACAGAGCUCAUCCGGCGCAGUCUGCCAAUCACCGUCGAAAGCCCCCAGGAUGCGAGGCUCGACAAGAUACCGGACGAUUAUGACCAGAGCAAAGGGUGCGUUCGCGUCAUCUGCAUUGGCGAUAUCGACCGCAACACCUGCUGUGGAACACACCUCUCGUCGACGGCGCACAUAUCUCUCAUUCUCACGCACCAUGGCGAGACGGUGCACGGCACCAACUUCCGUCUGUACUUUUCCGCUGGAGACAAGGCCAUCCGCCUGGCAACGAGCUCCGUCGGCACAGUCGGGUCCAUUGCGAGGCUCCUGCAGUGCAGGAACAGUCCGGAGGACGUGAUGCAAACGGUGAAGUCCACCCGGGACACCGCAGCCGACCUGAGGAAGAGGGAACGGAAGCUGUUGGCCGACAUUGCAGACCUCGAAGCUGAGGCUGCCAUGGGCAAACUCCAAAGAGGCCGGGUUGUAUGGGUGCACCGAGCCGAUGGCACCCCUGAUUUCGUCAAGGCAUUGUUGGCGAAGAUGAAAGGCGUGUUAUCGCAGAGGCCUGGUGCCGUGGUUGUAGCGACUGGCGAGGAGCGACAGAGCGGGCAGAUAACUGUGCUCGGGGAAAAGCAGCUUGUCGACGCUCUAGUGGUUAACAGCAUCAAGAAGCUGGUGCCGGGGGUCAAGGGUGGUGGGGUGGGAGACAAGUGGCAAGGUAAAGUGCCCGAAUGGGAAAAAGGAGCGCUGAAAGCCUUGGAGACGGCUGUUGGCAGUGCGCUGGGGUGA